AUUAAAAAUAUAUUUAAAGCAUGUGAGUCGUGAAAUCGGUUCCAUACCGUUCGGCGGCACCCUACACUGUAUUAUAGUGUUGCGGUGACCUCUUCUCUUCCGCGCUGAAGUUCUUUGCAGAUAUUAAGUUGAUUACUUGGGUCAAAGUUUGAUUUCUGGCAUCUCUGUCAUGGCAACUAGACUUCAGUUUGAGAAUAAUUGCGAAGUUGGAGUCUUCUCAAAACUUACCAAUGCCUAUUGUUUGGUUGCUAUUGGAGGUUCUGAAAACUUCUACAGUGCAUUUGAGACUGAGUUAGCAGAUGCUAUCCCCGUGAUCAAGACCUCCAUUGGUGGCACCCGAAUAGUUGGUCGCCUUUGUGUCGGAAACAAGAAUGGCCUUCUCUUGCCCCAUACCACCACAGACCAAGAGCUUCAACAUUUGAGAAAUAGUCUACCUGAUCAAGUUGUUGUUCAGCGUAUAGAAGAAAGAUUAUCCGCACUUGGAAAUUGUAUAGCAUGUAAUGACCAUGUGGCUCUCACCCAUACUGAUCUAGACAAGGAAACUGAGGAGAUGAUUGCAGAUGUUCUUGGAGUAGAAGUUUUCAGGCAGACUAUUGCGGGCAAUAUUCUUGUGGGCAGUUACUGUGCAUUCUCGAACAGGGGUGGUUUGGUCCACCCUCAUACUUCCAUUGAAGACUUGGAUGAACUUUCGACCCUUCUUCAGGUUCCUUUGGUUGCUGGGACUGUGAAUCGUGGUAGUGAAGUGAUAGCUGCUGGCAUGACAGUAAAUGAUUGGACAGCAUUUUGUGGUUCAGACACCACAGCAACGGAGCUCUCUGUAAUUGAGAGUGUUUUCAAGUUGAGAGAAGCUCAACCUAGUGCCAUUGUCGAUGAGAUGAGGAAAUCACUGGUUGAUACUUAUGUCUAAAUUUUUGUCACUAGUUCACACUUGUGCCAACAUCUUUCAGUUUUAUCUCAGUUUGUCCUGCUAAACAGUUUGAUUUCUAAGAUAUGAACACAUUUCAAUAAGAAAUGUGGUUUCCAUUAAUUGUUUGUCUUCUUUUAAUUCAAUUUUGUGGUUGUCGUCCAUAAAUCACAGGCAAUAUAUGGGGUGGUUUUACGUUA